UUUUCAAACGUUAAAAAAAAGAAAAAAAAAGAAAAAAGAAAAAAAAGUGAGCGCUUCCCAUAAUGCACUCGCGGAUCAUCAGCGGGAAACCAAAAUGGCGAAUGGGCUGUGGAAGUAAAAUGAGCCUUUUACUUUCUGAUUAAAAACUCCGGACCAAUACUUCUGCUUAUUCUGGGAUAACUUCAGUAGCAGAGGGAGGAUAAUACGGGCCACGUCCAUCCGGUUCUUCCGUCGCACGAGUAUUUUGUUGAAGCGGAGGAGACCGAAUGAGAGACUCGGGGAUCAUAGAUCACUUGCCUGUCCACCAGAGAGCUCAUCCUCAGCAGCUGCAGCAGCAGGCUGUGUCUUUGUCCCCUGCAAGCUUUUCUGCCAGGGGAGGAUAUGGAGAAGACGGCAUGCCUCACAGGUUCACAGAGGGACAGGAUGUUUUGGCCCGGUGGUCAGAUGGCUUGUUCUACUUGGGGACAAUCACAAAAAUAGAUCAGGACAGGCAGCGAUGCUUUGUGGUUUUUGAAGACCGGUCAAAGUCAUGGGUUCUCUGGAAGGAUAUUCAGACAGGGGAUGAGGAAGAUGAGGAUGAUGAAGAUGAUGAUGACAUUGUAUGCUCCAUAUGUCAAGACGAAACCUCAGAGGAGCCCAAUGAGAUUGUCAUUUGUGACAGCUGUGGACAAGGGUACCAUCAACUGUGCCACUCCCCUAUUAUUGAUGCCAUUGUCAUAGACUCAGAUGAAAAAUGGCUUUGCUCGGAAUGUGAGCUUGCUGCUGCAUCUAAGAGGGGGAAUGCACAUAGAAGAGCAGCCAUUGAUAAAGGGUUUCAGCGGCGGCAGCAGCACCACCGCAUGGAGAUACACUUGUCCUUCCCGUACCCACUGGAGGAACUGGUGUGGGACCAAGGCCACAAGACUAACAUCCAGCAGUGUUACUGCUACUGUGGUGGUCCAGGAGACUGGUACCUGAAGAUGUUGCAGUGUAACAGGUGUCAACAGUGGUUUCAUGAAGCGUGCCUCAGUUGUUUGCAGAUGCCCAUGCAGUAUGGAGACAGGUUUUACCUCUUUACAUGUUCUGUGUGCAACAGUGGACCUGAGGACCUCAGUCGACUGCCUCUUCGGUGGUAUGGAUGAUUUGCACACUUGUGCUUGUACAACCUAAGUGUGAUCCACAAGAAGAAGUAUUUUGAUUUUGAGAUGGACUUGAUGACUUACAUUAAGGAUAACUGGGAGCUGCUGCAGCUGGGGGAAGUUACCAAAACCCCAAGAUCAGUGCGCUAUGAAAAUGUUCUGGAGGCUUUAAACAGUACAGCAGCAUGUGAGUUUAUGUCGGGUAAAGAGGUAAGAAAAAGAAGCACCUGUUUGGGCCUUAGGAUACGUUUCCCUCCUUUACCCCCAAAUUCUGAGGAUUCUGCUGGCAAUGAGAUGGAGAGAGCUUCUUAUGGCAUCACCAUCAAGGGAUGCAAGCCCAGCAAAACAUUUUCUGCUAUGAGAGCCUGCAGUUCUGUAACCAAUGGUAAAGACAAGAAGAAAAAGAAGAAACAACAAACACGCUUUCUGGAGACUUUAGCUAAACCACGACGCUCCAGUGAACUCUUAUCCUUGGAAACAAAGCCUCUACCAUUAGAGCCCCGGUUAUUGGAUCACUUAAAGAGUGAGAGGUCCUUGGUGUCUUUUCAAACUUCUGAUGUGGAAUCUAUUGGAGCCCUGAGCACCACAGAAACUACCUCAACUAGCAUUUCUCGACAGUCCAGCCUUUGUAGCUCCAGCAAGACACACACAACAACCAGCACCAUGCCAGUUACCUCUCCACCCUUAAAAAGGAAACGUGGGCGACCUCGACGGGCAGUGCAGCCCCCUAACCUUGACGUCCGUCCUCCCAGCCAUGCAGAUCCAAACUCCUCCACUACGGAGUUGCUGACCCCGCUCCCUGGCCUUCACUCCGUGGACGUGGUUCACGGCAUGGAUCCCAGCAGCCAGCUUUCACAUCUCAAGAACUCCAUUAGCAGCUAUUUUGGAGCGGCAGGGCGACUGGCUUGUGGGGAAAAGUACAAGAUCCUGGCAAGACGAGUCACCCUUGAUGGCAAGAUCCAGUACCUGGUGGAGUGGGAAGGAGUCACUGCUUCCUAAACUGUCCGAAGCAUUUCUGAGUAAGCCAGCACUCACAGGAGGCUUCGGUCGACCCUCUGAUCAAAGCAUUAAUAAACAUUUGCCUGUAGUUUAGAAAGGAGGAAGCUUGUUGUGCUUAUUUUUAUAGAGCCUGUUGGCCCGAUGCAGCCUGAGCUGAUUACUGGUGAGAGAAGCUUAACAUACCACAGUAACCGUGGAGAA